AAAAGGGGGGGCGAAAAAACCCGCUGCUUCCAUGAACCGCAUCAGCCUCUCGGUUUAUAAAAAUAAAAGCACGUUAUUGUGUCUGGCUCUGAGGAUUUAAAACCCUGAGCUGUGUGAGGACAUGAAAACCAAGACAUCCACGGCUGGAGGGACGUCAGAGGUCCCUGUGAAGAAAGAGGAGACACUGGAGCUGAAAAUCUACAACCAUAGAGACGAUCUCAACAACCCACCUGAAGGUCUCUCUGUUAAAGUGGAAGAUCUUGACAAUAAAGACUACCUCUACUGCGAAUUUUGCAAAUCCUUCUUCCUCAACAAAUGUGAGGUUCAUGGACCACCCCUCUUCAUCCCAGAUACUCCUGUUCCCAUGGGAGUCCCUGACCGAGCCAGACAAACACUUCCUCCUGGGCUAGAAAUCCAGAAGUCCAGUAUUCCUGAUGCAGGCCUGGGAGUGUUUAAUAAGGGGGAGACUGUUCCAGUAGGUGCACACUUCGGCCCCUGCCAGGGAGAGCUGGUGAACAGAGAGGAAGCCAGGAACAGUGGAGACUCCUCGGUUGUAUGCAGGAGCACGCAGUAUGAAGAAUACAUUGAUGCCAAAAGAGAGAUGCAUGUGAAUUGGAUGAGGUAUGUGAAUUGUGCCCGUAUUGAAGAAGAACAGAAUCUUGUGGCAUUUCGGUAUCGAGGGGGAAUUCUGUAUCGUUGCUGUCGACCCAUUAACCCAGGACAGGAGCUCUUGGUGUGGUAUGAAGAGGAGUACACCAAAGAACUCAGUCCUGCGCCUACAGGAACAACCAGACAGCAAGAAGUAAAGAAGACUUUGCUGCAGAUCUUUUCCUGCUCUACAUGUCCUCGUUACUAUGCAUCUCAAAUUUACCUUGACAAACACAUCCAGAGAUGCCACUAUGAAGAGUAUGUGAGACUGCAGGAAUCAGGAGAGAUUAAAUAUGAGCUUCAGAUCCCCUCCAAAUGCUCCAGUAGUCAGCCAACAUCAUCUGAUGCUCUCAGUUUUGACACUUCUCAUAAUGAUAUACAGAAGGAAAUUCACCACUGCUCAGACUGUGGAAAGAGUUUUGGUCAUCAGAAUGCACUCAAGACACACCAGUGCAGUCACACAGGAGAGAAGCUACAUCACUGCUCACAGUGUGGGAAGAGUUUUACUCAUCAGAGUCGUCUCCAAAUCCACCAGCGCAUUCACACAGGAGAGAAGCCGUAUCACUGCUCACAGUGUGGAAAGAGUUUUACUCAGCAGAGUGAUCUCCAACGACACCAACGCAUUCACACAGGAGUGAAGCCGUAUCACUGCUCACAGUGUGGAAAGAGUUUUACUCAGCAGAGUGAUCUCCACCGACACCAACGCAUUCACACAGGAGUGAAGCCGUAUCACUGCUCACAGUGUGGGAAGAGUUUUACUCGGCAGAGUUAUCUCCAACGACACCAGCGCAUUCACACAGGAGAGAAGCCGUAUCACUGCGCACAGUGUGGAAAGAGUUUUACUCAUCAGAGUAAUCUCCGACUACACCAGCGCAUUCACACAGGAGAGAAGCCGUAUCACUGCUCACAGUGUGGGAAGAGUUUUACUCAGCAGAGUCAUCUCCAGCACCACCAGCACAUUCACACAGGAGAGAAGCCAUAUCACUGCUCACAGUGUGGGAAGAGUUUUACUCAGCAGAGUGCUCUCCGACUACACCAGCGCAUUCACACAGGAGAGAAGCCGUAUCACUGCUCACAGUGUGGGAAGAGUUUUACUCGUCAGAGUGAUCUCCAACAACACCAGCGCAUUCACACAGGAGAGAAGCCGUAUCACUGUUCACAGUGUGGGAAGAGUUUUACUCAGCAGAGUGCUCUCCGGCUACACCUGCGCAUUCACACAGGAGAGAAGCCGUAUCACUGCUCACAGUGUGGGAAGAGUUUUACUCAGCAGAGUGAUCUCCAACAACACCAGCGCAUUCACACAGGAGAGAAGCCGUAUCACUGCUCACAGUGUGGGAAGAGUUUUACGCAGCAGAGUGCUCUCCGACUACACCAGCGCAUUCACACAGGAGAGAAGCCGUAUCACUGCUCACAGUGUGGGAAGAGUUUUACUCAGCAGAGUGAUCUCCAACAACACCAGCGCAUUCACACAGGAGAGAAGCCGUAUCACUGCUCACAGUGUGGGAAGAGUUUUACUCAUCGGUGUUCUUUCCAACAACACCAGCGCCUUCACUCAGGAGAGAAGCUGCAUCACUGAUCAGUCUGGAAAGAUGUUUACUUAUUCAGUUACAUUUAAAACCUACAAGUGCACCAACUUGUAGACAUUGCAUGAUUUUAAAUUUGUCAAAUUAAAUAUGGUUAUUAUUACAGUUUUGGCUGAAAAUGACCUGUACUUUGAACUUUAUUGUUCAUGUUAUAUGACUGUUUUAAAAUGUGUAACCUUAUAGUGAUAUUUUAAAACAAGACUAUUUCUUUUGAUCUUAAGUAGUCAUUAAUUACCACCAUACAAGUGACAAACUGCACCACUAUUAUCAAUGUAAUACUGCAGCAUGAGACUAAUUGUUAAUGGAAUUUGUACUGAUCAGGAGUUUAAUGUACUAUAACAGAACUGUGGAUCAAACCAAAUGAGUAUGGACCAUUUGAAAUGAAGCUCUUCCAGCUAUAUGCAUCCACCUUGUCUCACUGGUAGAGGAGAAGCCAUCAGUUAUUUAUAAUGAUAAUCUAGGAAUCGUACAAAAACCUGAACAAAAAUUCAGUAUGUUUGAAGUUCUUUAUCCUAAUAUAUGAAGCCAAAAAAAAUAAUUCUACCUGGUCAAUUCAGCUAAUUAUUAUUUCCUGACCUGUGGUCUAUAUUCUGAAGUUCUUUCUGAAUUUGCGAAUUUCAUCUCAAACCUGGUUGUUUAUUGAGACAACAUUGUUAGAGACGUUAUUUGUUUUGAUCACCUGGAAGAGACUGAGAACAGCAUUCCUGUCCAUUCUAGAUUCAGUAUGGGUUAAUGAGAGGGUCACAGAAUCUAACCCUAUUUUUUUUUUUUGAGGUUUUUGUAUGAUUCCUAAUCGUCACAUUCUUGAUCUAAUACUUGCAUUUGUAUUAAAUAUAGAAAAUAUAGUCACACUUGUACAGUCUGAAGCUCCCUCAGACCAUUACCUCAUCUCUUUUGAAAUGUCUUAAUAUAUGCACCUUGCAUGCCAUCGCAUCAAAAGUGCAUUCACGUCAACUACUGCAUAAAGUUUUAUCAGUAGGGUGAUGCCAAAUCUACAAGAGGUUAUGCUCGACCAUCUCAGAUUUCAAUGAAAUUUGGAGGGCUCAGAGAUGCUAUUAAAAGACGUUAAUCCCCAAAACUUGAGCUUCCUAUCACCAAUAGUUUCAGAGAUACGGGCAUUUGAAUUUUUCGAUUUUUUUUGUUUUUUGCUCAAAACAUACAUAUUUCAAAGUGCAAAAUAAUCUUUAUUAUGCAAGAUAGAAACCUAAAAUUUUGCACAGAGAGACUCAAUGUCUUGUACUACAAGAUUCAACUUAGAAUUUCAAUGGUCAUUGUAUAUUAGAUGGUGAUUUUAACAAGGAAAUUAAAAAGACAAAUUUGCAUUUUUUGCAUUUUUAACUCAUUCUGGAAGCUUGCCUGUGGCAGUAAUGCUUAAACUAAGAAUGUUUUUCAAAUCCACACAGAAAUAUCUACCAAUUUCAGUUUUACCAAGUCUCCACUAUUCCUAGUUUGUCUGUAAUAGGGUUUUGAAAUUCACCGAUUUCUAAAACAUGCCAUUUUCAGUAGCAAGAAAUCCAAUGUGGGAUAGCAGUUAGGAACUUGUACAUUUUUUUUUCAGUAAUCCCCAAGACCCAUAUUUUAUAUUUCCAAAUUUUUGUUCUGUCUCUCUCAAGUAUUUCUAAACUACAGGGGUUUAAAAAAUCCAUUUUCACCAAAUUUGAAUUUUUGAUAUAUUUUCAUAUAACUGAUAUAGACUGUGUAACAUGGCAAUCAAUGACCAGCUAUUGUGUACCAGUCAACAGCCAACCUUAUCAAUAUCAACACAGCACAAUAGGUGACCUUUGAUACCAGAACAGGUGGCUCAUAUCUUAUAGUUUUAGAGUCUGUAAACUGCAUACUUGUUCAGAUAACAUUAUAUUGCUUGGAUUAUAUUAAAUACAUUGUAAUACAGAACACUGAGAAAAUUUACCAAUGUUAUUAACUGAAUGUGUUUCUUUGCAAGGAUAGGAUAUUUUGAAUAGUUGACUAGGGAAUUUAAUUGUAGUUGCUUUCAAUUUGAGAUCAGUAUAAAUGAGUUUGUUCUUAGACAUCUAUAAAUGGCUGAACUUCCUCCCUGUUCUAUAGGAAUUGGACUAAAGAAAGAUUCUGACUGCCAUAAACUAACAUACAACAGAAAUUGUAAGUUACUGAGAGAGUAGGGAUGUCCCGAUCCGAUCACGUGAUCGGAAAUCGGGCCCGAUCACGUGGUUUCAGACUCGAUCGGAAUCGGGCAUUACCUCCCGAUCAGGGAUCGGAUAUAUAUCUAUAUAAUAUAUUCUCAUUUUUAACACAUCAAUAGCUAUGCGUUGGCACAGAGUGAGACCAGACCUCUUGUCUCAACACAGCAACAUCAACGCGUGCGGCAUGACAUCACUUUGUAGCGGAGACGCUAUUGGUUAUUGGCUGCCUGUUGCCGGCGAAGUUGAACACGGAAGCAGUUCGAAGCGGAAAGCAAAGCAUGUCUGCGGUGUGGCAGUAUUUCAAAGUUGAUGACAACAUUGCCAUAGCAAACUGUGAAAUAUGUAAAGUUGGAAUAUCAAGGGGUGGACAGGAAAGGGCCGCAUUUAAUACAACAAACCUGAUACGGCACCUGAAAAACAAACACCCGACACAAUACAGCGAGUUUUUAGUGCUGUUGCAAACGUGUUGGAUGACAAAAACAGGCUCAAACCUGAAAGGGUAGAAAUGCUUGUUUUCAUCAAGAAAAACGUUAAUUUCCUUAAUUGAAAUUACUGUAUACCACUGUGAGAUGCAUUCUUAAAAGCAAAUUACUGGCACUGUGGCAGUUUUAUUAUUAUUAUUAUUUUUAUUUGUUUACAUUCCUGCCAGGUAUUUUAAGGUUAUGUUUUUAAUUUGUUAUUUAUUGUUCAAACUACCUCACGUAAGUGCUCUGUUUGCUAACGGAGUUGUUGGAUGUUAAAAUAAGGUGUUAAAUAAAAAAAAAUGAGGAACAUCCUGGAUCCGUUUCUUUCCUCGUCUUUAUUAUUUUUUAUGGAUUAUAAGAAGUAUCGGAUCGGGACUCGGUAUCGGCAGAUACUCAAAAUCAAAUGAUCGGUAUCGGAUCGGAGGGCAAAAAAACCUGAUCGGGACAUCCCUACUUGUAUCUCUGAAACCAUUGGAGAUAGAAAGCUCAAAUUUUGGGGAUUAACUUCUUUUAAUAGUAUC